AGAAAAUCACAUAUUUCCUCAUUUCUCUCUUCCUCAAAAUCAAUCGCCUGUUUCGUUCUGGUCAGCUCCGUUUACUUUCUCCCUCGUCUCAUGCUUUUCAUUUGUCACCUUAUACCGAAUACACAACCAUAUAAAGCCACAAACCCUCCUCAGGUUCUCCUUCAAUUUUCCGAAGAAGCCAUUGGCGGCGACAGCUUCGUUUUAGAUGGAUUUAGAUUCAUAACCUAUCCCGGAUUUUUUAGCACAGGAAACAAACCUACACCAUGGAUCGCAAGAACCCGAGGCGAAAGCCCAAGCUCGAGCGCCGCAACGCUCUUAAGUACUCCUCCUCCGAAUACGACGCCGGAUCGUCCCCCUCCGACGACACGCUCUACACGCGCUCCAUGGAGUUCUACGACCGCACGAGUUUCCGAAUCGAGGGCGUCGAAGGCGAGUUCGAUCGAAUUUGCCGCAGUUUGGGCCUCUCCGGCCCAGAGGACUUCGCUAUUCCCGCUGCGGCGUGGGAGGCCAUAAAGUUUCGCUACUCUUCGGAUAUUCUCCCGAGACUGAAGCUCGAUAACCUCGAUAUUCCCGAGGAGGAGGAAGGUGAAGAAGAAUUGAAGGUAAACGAGGAUAUAAUAGUUAAUUCAGUAGAGGAAGGUAAAUUGAGUGAAAAACACGGAGAUAGUAGUAGUGUUAGGGUUAGGGUUAGGGUUAGGGUUAGGGAGAUAGAUGAAUCGAGCACUGGUAUUAAGGGGACUCGGCCACCGAUGCUGAAGCCGCCGCCGGGGGCGAGGGUUCAGGUGGUGGAUGAUAGCACGUGUUCCACGUGGGACCUUUUGAGGGACUUGGCUCCUCAAGGGGAAGAAGGGUUACCGUUGAACCGUUCCGAGAAUGAGAGUGAAGUAGCGAGAGAAGUAGAGAGAGGAGCGGUGGAGAAGGAAGAAGGGGAAGUUGGUACUAGAGAGAGUCCGAAGAGGGAAGAGGAAGAGAAUGUGGCUGGGCUUUCGGAGUCGUGUUCGUUUUCUACUUCCAACGAAGAUGAUUCUUCGAGUAGUACUACGGACCCUACGUCUAAUAAUAUUUCUCCGCAAGGGAGAAUCAAACGGAUUAUUACCGCCGAAAGCUGGCAGAAGGGUGAGUUUCUCGGGGGUGGCUCGUUUGGCUCUGUUUAUGAAGGGAUUUCCGAUGAUGGAUUCUUUUUUGCUGUAAAAGAAGUUUCACUGCUUGAUCAAGGGACUCAGGGAAAGCAGAGUGUAUAUCAACUGGAGCAGGAAAUAGCACUUUUGAGUCAAUUUGAGCAUGAAAAUAUUGUUCAAUACUAUGGCACAGAAAUGGAUCAAUCAAAGUUGUAUAUCUUUCUUGAGCUUGUAACGAAAGGUUCCCUUAGAAGCCUCUAUCAGAAGUAUACUCUUCGAGAUUCCCAAGUAUCUUCCUAUACGAGACAGAUUCUGCAUGGUUUGAAGUAUCUUCAUGACCGAAAUGUGGUUCACAGGGAUAUUAAAUGUGCAAAUAUAUUGGUGGAUGCAAGUGGAUCUGUCAAGCUUGCAGAUUUUGGAUUGGCAAAGGCAACCAAAUUGAAUGAUGUUAAAUCAAUGAAGGGGACAGCAUUCUGGAUGGCGCCUGAGGUUGUAAAAGGAAAGAACAAGGGUUAUGGCCUUCCAGCUGAUAUUUGGAGUCUGGGAUGCACUGUACUGGAGAUGUUAACAGGCCAACUUCCGUACUGUGAUUUGGAAUCUAUGCAGGCAUUAUAUAGAAUUGGAAAAGGUGAGCGACCUCGUAUUCCUGAUUCUCUUUCGAGAGAUGCACAAGAUUUUAUCCUGCAGUGCCUUCAAGUUAGUCCAAAUGAUCGUGCCACUGCUGCUCAACUUUUAAACCAUUCAUUUGUCCAAAGGCCACUUUCUCAGUCCUCUGGUUCUUCAUUUCCUCAUAUUCACGGCCGGAAGGGUUAAACUGUCAUCUUCAACUAUGAAACAUUAGGGAGUUCUGUCUUUCAUUGCAUGUAACAUUUCCAAUGUUCAGUCUUGAAGUUGCUGGGGUUCAUCUGGGUCCAUUGCUGCAGAAAUUGUUGAUUUGCUCGUGUUGUAGUUUUUAGAGUUUGGUUGCUUGUAACUUAUAUCAAAAUUUCAGCACGACUUUGGAUCUAACACGUCAUAUGGCACUCCAAAGAACCAAGUUAUCGACUAGGCAAUAUCCUAUUGGAGAAUUAUGCUCAAUACGUGUUAUCUAAUUACUCUGAUGAUUUGUUCGUUGUAGCAAAGGUGAAGUAUCAACGUCCAGCUGAAAAAGUUAACCCUGCCUUCUUCCCCUCAAAUCAGGUGACCGGCGAAAAACCCAUAGGGUUUAACUCUGGGAGCAAUAGUAGCAAGAAUUAGAGACUAUUCUAUUUGUACAUAUUAUUUAUUUUUUAUUAUUAGUUGGCAUUGUUUGUGUACAUCUGUAUUUCGUAGUUUUCUUUUUUAUUAUUUUUGUCUAAUUCGUGUGUAAUGUUUCCCACUUUUUGUAUGUCCUCUCUGAAAAUUUGGUCUUUGGUCGAAUGCGAUUGGGUGAGUAAAUGGUUUAGUUAAUAAAUUUAUAGGUACACUUGGACAAAAGAAAAACUGUAAACACACCAAUAAACACUGGAAUGUCUCUCUUUAAACA